AUGUCGCCUUCUCCGAUCCGUUGUCGUGGACCCUGGAAAAUACAUAAACGUUCCUCGGAACCUGACAGGUGGCUAGAUGACAUGGGUUUUUUUCGUAAACACACGGCUAGGGACUCCAGCUGUCUCUUUAGAGCUGUAUCUGAAAACAUCUACAACACCCAAAGAUACUUUCACAAAGUGCGCCUCGACUGUAUUCAGUUUAUGGCUUCAAAUAGUCAUCUCUUUGAAGGGUCAUUGAAUUGUAAUUUUGAAAAUUAUUUGAAAGAGAUGGCAAAUGCUUCAGAAUGGGGAGGGUUUAUUGAAAUAUCUGCCAUGAGUCACUUAUAUAGACGUGAUUUUGUAAUAUUUGAAGCCAACAAUGGUCCUCAAACGAAAAUUUGUAAUGGGUAUGGGAAAACAAUUUACUUGUUUCAUUCACCUGACACUAAGCACUUUGAUGUGGUAUAUACUAAAGAAGUUAUUACGACAUCCUCAUUUUGUCAAUCGUUGGUUUAUGAAAUUCUUUAUGAUGGUGUAUACCAAUUGAAAGAUUUACCAUAUGCUGUGGAUAAAAUGCUUCAUGACAAAGUACCCGCCAACCACAUUGAGUAUUUCAUGUCUGAAAAUGUGGAGCGACGUAAGAAGCAAAAGGAAAGGGCUAAGAUAUUUAUUGAAGCCACCAACAAAGAUAACAAAGACAAGAACAAUAAUGCUGUUGCACUGAAAUGUAAACACCACACAGAGGAUUUAGAACGUGCCAGUUUGUUGAAGGAAUCUCUCAGUAUUUUUGUAUUUAAUCGUAGCCUCAUUCAACUUGAAAAUGUCUGCAUGAACUGUUUGAAUGUGAACAGUGCAAAAGAUUUGCUUGAUAAUGGCAUCACACCGUUCCCUUAUAAAGUAGCAAAAGCAUUAGAUCCAGAUAUUUAUCGCAACAUAGAAUUUGAUGUAUGGAGUGAAAUGCGACGAGAGUUACGUUAUGGGGCUAGAUAUUCAGAUGGCACCACUCUUCAAGUAGGUGUCAAGUGUUUGUGUAGACUGCAACCAGAACAGACAGUGCCUUACCAUUGCCACAUCCAGGAGAUGCGCCCGGACGGCGGACCUUGUUUAGUUUUCAUUGAGGAAUUAGGGGAGAAGCGUGUGGUGAAUUACAAUCAGCUGGAGUCAUUACCCCAAGAUGAGGUCCGCCCUUGGGCACCGCCAUACAGGUUCUCCAGGGCCAACUCUCAGUUCUUGACUCUUAGCCAAAUGUUGCAGCAAAUAGGCAACAUCACCCGAAAACAAGGUUUGAACAAGACCCGUAAUAAGGUGAAGGGCACUUCUGAUGAUACGAAAACCCCUGAUAAGGCCAUGUCACAAAAAGCCAUACUGAACUGGAACGAGGAGAGGUCUGAGGGAGACGACGACUACCCCUAUGUGACCCAAACCAAUGUUGACUACACUGCAUAUCCACAUUUGGAUUUUAUUAAUUUUGAGCCAAUGCCUGUUGAAGUUGAAGCACUGCCCCUGAUGGUGGACUGCCGGCCGACCGCGGGCGCUGCGCCCCACGACAUCGCGCACACAACCUCCAACGGAGCCCCGCCCGAGAACCACCAUAACCAACAGAGUGGUAACACCGAGAUGGGUGGGCACGGCAUCACGUCACCCGCGUCUGUGCGCGCUUCCACCCCCGCCACCUCCAACACCAUGACCACCUACACGGGCAACGUGUACAUAAACAUUUUCAACGUUUGCAACAAAGCGUCCCACCCGGCCGGCAUGAAUCCGACGAACGCUGGAUACGGGAACAUGGGCGUGGGCGGCAUGGCGCCGGGCGUGGGCGUGGGCGGGAUGGGCCCGGGCGUGGGGGGCAUGGGCCCCGGCAUGGGCGGGGUGGGGGGCGCGGCGCCGUACAUGUGCGGGGUCAAGUCCCUCGUGUGGUGCGCCUCGCCGCCUCCGCCGCACGCGCCCCCGCUGCCCCCGCAGGGGGUCAACCCGCACGUGUUCAAGAGCGUGCAAGCUAAUGGCGCCGAUCUGCCGAUGAACGACAUAGCGACUCUCCGCUUCUACUUCAACCUGGGCGUGGAGUGCAUGUGGUCCGCGUACGGGCCCCCGCCCCCGCACCCGCCCCCGCGCCACUACUCGCCUAGAGACCUCACGCAGGACAUGCAGGUGCUGGGGCUGCAGGAGCGCGGGGCGGGGGGAGGCGGCGGGGGAGGGGGCGAGCACGGCCACAAGCACAAGCCCGCGGACAAGCCGCCGCCCAACAACAACGGCAAGCCCAACGCGCAGCGCCCCCUGUUGGGCCCAAGGUUCAAGCGCGGUGGCAACAACCAAGACGGCAACCAGAACAAUAACCACAACCAGAACAAGGGCCACAACAACAACAUGGGCAACAAGGGACCCAACAAUCGCCAGUGGUUCAACAGUCGGGGGCAGGGCGAGCCCCGCGGCGGGGGCGGGGGCGGGGGCGGCUACGGGGCGGGGGCGGGGGCGGGGGGCGGCGCGGGGGAGGAGUGCGUGCCCGAGCCCGCCAUGCUCACGCUGCCCUACAUACCGUACCCGCCGCCGAUAUACCCGAUACCAUACUAUCCCGUCGAGUCCGAUCCAGGUAUGAUGGGCAUGAUGGGUGGGAUGGGGUACGUGGGGUACGAGGAGGGUGGCGAGUACGCGCCGCUGCCGUACUACCCGCCGUACCCGCCGCCCCCCCACCACCCGCACCCCCACCCCCACCACCCCCACCACACGCACAUGCCCCCCCCGCACACCAUCGAACACAAGUGA